GAUAUACUGACGCUAUGCUAAGCGAUAAUCUAAUCCGUGUCUCACAUGUGAAUCAUUGAUCGCAAUAAUGAUUAAACUCUCCAUUAUUUUCAUUACAUUUGAUUCACAUUUUACUUAACAUUCAAUUGAAUUGUAUUUAUAAUUGCAUUACAAGUGAUCACAGAAUCAGUCAAUACAAGUGUGAUAUCAAUGUAUUAAUACAUUUUGAUCUCAAUUCUCAUCACUACUACUACUAGUCCUCUAAUAUUGUGAUCCACUCUUCAGUCAGUCAUCCCUUCAAACACACCAUUCAGUCAUUCAGUCAUACAUUCACUCAAUUGUAGUCAUAAUAACUUCAUAUCAAUCGGAGAUUCUUGGAGGCAAUCGUUUAGUACAAAAGCAUCCGUUCCUCAAACAAACAGCUCAGCAAUGGAUACAAAUGAAAAUGAGUCCCAAAUCGCAAACUUCUAUAAGGAUCGAAGUGUUUUCAUUACAGGCGCCACUGGUUUUAUGGGAAAAGUCUUAGUGGAGAAACUGUUGCGUUCGUGCAGUGAUGUCAAGAAUAUCUAUGUUUUGCUCCGGACUAAGAAGGGUCUGAACGCCCGCUCACGUCUCGACGAACUUCUUAACACUAAAAUAUUUGAGAAGAUUCGUGAGGAGAACCCGAAGGCACUAAAUAAGAUCGUUGCCAUUCAGGGAGACAUAACACUAAACAGUUUGGGAAUAUCGGAGAGUGACUUGAAUUUGCUAACAAGUGAUGUCUCGAUUGUGUUUCAUUCGGCAGCGACUGUCAAGUUUGACGAACCCUUGAAAACUUCUGUCGAGUUCAACGUAAUCGGGACCCGACGACUGGUCGAGAUAUGUCAUAAAAUGCCUAAAUUAGUGGCUUUAAUCCACGUGUCGACGGCUUACGCCAACUGUAACCGAACCGAAAUCGAUGAACUCCUAUAUUCGCCGCCCGUUUCGCCGCAAAGGAUUGUGGACGCCGUCGAGUGGAUGAACGACGACGCGAUCAACUCAUUGACGCCCAAACUAUUGGGCGAUCGGCCCAACACUUACACCUAUACGAAAGCGUUGGCCGAAUCACUACUGGUGGACGAGUGCGGCAGUUUGCCCGUAGCUAUAGUUCGGCCCUCCAUUGUGACCGCCUCCUGGAGAGAGCCAUUGCGCGGUUGGGUCGACAAUAUCAAUGGUCCGACGGGUCUAAUACUGGCGAGUGGUAAAGGGGUUCUGCGGACAAUGCUCUUCAAUUCGAAAGCCGGCGCUGACUUAAUACCGGUGGACACUGUAAUCAAUCUAAUGAUAUCAGUCGCCUGGUAUACGGCCACACAACAGCCCAACAGUAUUAUGGUUUACAAUUGCACUUCAGGUCAACACAAUCGCAUCACUUGGGGUGACAUCGAAAGGAUCGCCUUUCCAUUACUCCUGCAUUACCCGAGCGCUGAGAUAUUCCGAUAUCCGGGCGGAAACUUCAAAGAGAAUCGUCUGUUUAACGACGUCUGCUGUUUCUUUGAUCACACAAUACCCGCCUAUUUCUUCGACGCUCUGAUGGCACUCACCGGACGCAAGAGAAUUAUGGUGAGAGUAUACGAGAAGCUUCAUCGGGCAACUGCUGCGCUCGAAUGGUUCACCACUCGUGAGUGGAAGUUCAGUGCAAACAAUGUACUUAUGCUUAUCGAUCAGCUAAAGGGCGCGGACAAAGAGACAUUCCACUUCGAUAUCCGAGACCUUCAUUGGCCGACUUAUUGGGAGGACUAUGUGUUGGGUUCCCGUAAAUACAUACUUAAAGAAGAGAACUCUUCUCUGCCCAAAGCCAGGAGUAAUCUACGGCGGAUGUAUUUGAUGCACAAAUUGAUUGGAUUCUUAAUAAUGUACGGCAUUUGGCACCGAUUCCUUCUACGCACACACGCGGCCCGACGUCUGUGGCUGUUGUUGAGCUCAUUAAUGAUGAAACUGUUUAGUAUUUUGCCCGCAAUCGCCAACACAUAAGAAUUGAUUUACAAUUUUUUAAACCGAAAGUCAAUUUAAAUGAAUUAGAAGUCAUUUUUUGAAUAAUAAGUUUUAAGAUUGGUAUUAAUUAUUGAAUUUUAUUGAAUUCAUUAUACAAUCACUAACUGGUCUGCCAUUAAUUGCAUACAAUUUUUCUUUCUUUAUUCUCUCUCUAUUUAAUUGUUUAACUCAUUUGCUAUAUAUUUGGGAAACAAUUUUUGCGACAAUUUUAAAAACCAUAAAAACAAAACAAAACGAACACAUUAUUGACUGAAUUAUAAUAAGAUUCUAAAAUCUAUGCAUGUUUUACAUCUAAUGUAUCUCUAAUUGUAUGUGAUUUUAGUUUAGUUUAAUAU